GCUAUACCUCGACGGCUAGAACAGGAGGGAAGUGGUUUCUCUCUCGAUCGGCAGGACGCAGGCGGCGCGAGGCAAACUUCCUGAAGCAACAUGGCGAGAGGACUGAAGAAGCACCUGAAAAGGCUCAAUGCGCCGAAGCAUUGGAUGUUGGACAAGCUCGGCGGGGCAUUCGCACCCAAGCCGUCCUCUGGCCCGCACAAGUCUAGGGAAUGCCUUCCUUUGGUGCUUAUUCUCAGGAACAGGCUGAAGUAUGCUCUAACUUAUAGCGAAGUCCAGGCCAUAUUGAUGCAGCGACAUGUUAUGGUUGACAACAAGGUCCGGACUGAUAAGACCUUCCCUGCUGGUUUUAUGGGUAAGCCGAAACUUCUCCUUACCUUGUUUCAUAAUCUCUGUUUCCGUUCGAAUUCAGUGGGUUGGUGGCAUCAGUGCUAGAUUUGUAUGUAUCCAUAGUUGCAAUUUCUUGUACAAGAACAAAGAAAUGGUAUCUGAGAAUGUUAAUUGUUGGACUUAGAGAUAUCUAUUAGAUUGCAGAUAGUUAAAGUCUUGGGUUUUUCAUGAUGUUUAAUUAGCUUGUAUGUAUACCACACCUUCAUGCCAUUGAUGCCCUUCUUUUAUGGCCUUGUCGCUCACGGUAGCCAUCUAUGGUUUUUCAAAACUGUCAUUUACUGUAUUUUACCAGUUGGGAUCUCUUUGUUUGCAUGUUUGGCAUCUUCAGUUGGACUUGCACUUAUAUUAUGGUAUUUUGAUUUUACAUUGGUUACUCUGUUCUGUUGACUUAGAUGUUGUCUCCAUCCCCAAAACCAAUGAGAACUUCCGCCUGCUGUAUGAUACCAAGGGGAGGUUCAGACUGCACUCUCUCCGUGAUGAGGAGGCAAAGUUCAAGCUUUGCAAGGUCCGGACGAUUCAAUUUGGCCAGAAAGGUAUCCCUUACCUGAAUACUUAUGAUGGCCGGACCAUCCGCUAUCCAGACCCACUGAUUAAGCCGAACGAUACAAUUAAGCUGGACUUGGAGACCAGCAAGAUUGUUGAUUUCAUCAAGUUUGAUGUUGGAAACGUGGUCAUGGUUACCGGAGGCAGGAACAGAGGCCGAGUUGGAGUUAUCAAGAACAGGGAGAAGCAUAAGGGAAGCUUUGAGACCGUGCACAUCCAAGAUUCACAGGGCCAUGAAUUUGCCACUCGUCUGGGCAAUGUGUUCACUAUUGGGAAGGGUACCAAGCCAUGGGUGUCUCUGCCCAAGGGCAAGGGUAUCAAGCUCACUAUCAUCGAGGAGGCAAAGAGGAGGAUUGCUGCUGCUCAGGCAGCUGCUUAAGGAAUUUGGAAGUAAAACGGAUGUGUCUGCUGUUUUACAUUAUCGUAGGAUGAAUGUUUGUCCUUCAUAGCCCUUUUCAAGACUUGACAUAGUUUUGGUUUAUUUAUCAAAUUUUGAGUUGGUCUCUGAGGAAUUUUGUGAGUUGUGGCAUUUGCUUGAACAUAUUUAAGCUGGGUUGUCGUUCUUAGAAUUUCACUUGUUGGUGUAGGUCCUUCAGCCUUAUGCCAUCUUGUUUAGUCUAUUGCGUCUUUUAAAAAGUUUUGUUUUCAUGUCAAAAGGUUUCCAAUGGGGUGCAAAUGUGCUUAUUUGGAGAAUUUACUUUGAAGCAAACAUAAACCAAAC